ACAGGGUCUCACUCUGUAGGUCAGGCUAGAAUGCAGUGAUGCUAUCAUAGCUCACUACAGCCUGAAACUGCUGGGCUCAGAUGAUCCUGCUUAUCACCUCAGCCUCCCAAGUAGCUGGGACUGCAACUCUGUUGUUGUUAUCUUUAUUCUGCUUACCACCUUAAAGCCUACAUGUUGCAACCCAUAUUUGGUAAUUACACUACUAAAGAUGGUGCAGCAGUACAGAAUUGAUUACUGCCCGACUGUGUCACAAAGAUACCUCUUCAAAUAAUACUGUUUAUAAUUUAAAAAUGUAGUAUCUUCAAAUAAGUUUUUGUUUUCAGAGUAACUUUACAAGCAAUUCAAAGAGCAAAGAUACAUUGUUUUUAUGCACAAAAGGAAGAUUUUCAUUACAGAUUUUCUUUUGUGUAUUAAAAGAGGGAAGUGUACUUUUGUUAAUUUUAAUUUGGUUUUCUUCAAAACAAUACAAUCAGGUUUAUGCAUUUACAUACUUAGUUACUGAUUGACUCAUGCAUUUUUUUUCAGGCCUUGAUUGUUUUAGUAGCACAUUGUGGCAGAUUUAGGAAAAUAAAAAUCAUUUUAAAAUUUCUAUUAAAAUAUGGAUAUACUCCCCCCUUCUUGAAUUUAUUUCUUAAAGGAGAUGUGAUUAAGUGAGAAAAUGCUUAAUUUGUUAGUGUGGAAAUAUGCUUCAUGUUUACAAUUUCUUUUCCGCUAUAAGAAAUUAGGUUUAAAGUUUAGUUUGUAUAGGUUUGUAAUUAAAUUUUAACCAGGAAAAAAAUCUAUAAAUAGCAACUGGAUAACCUUUGCUCUUCAUUUCAAGAGCAAUUAACACUAACUUUUUUUUUUUUUUGCUGUUCUUUUUUAUUAUUAGUCUUCUCACAAGGGAGUAUCAGUUUCUGUGCAAGUUCAUGAGUGAUGGGGAUACUCCCCAGGCAUUAUCAAUACAGAAGUGACAAGGUAUACUACGUUGGAGUGUCCUUUCCUUUUUUGGCUGAAGAACUACUGUAUUUAUAAUAAAAAUCUACACCAGAAGUUUAAAGAAAAAACCAUAUUUCAAGUUUGAAUACAAUAAAGAACAUGAUUAUUACUGUAAAUAUACUCAAUAGACUUUUAAUACAAAUAAAAGUCUUGGUGAACAUAUGGCUAAAAUGAGGGGCUACUUGAGGCAGGGAAGUGGUCAGGAAAAGUGUUUCAUAUAAACAUUGGUGAAUUUUCAAAAAUGGGCCAGAGUUGAAAUUAAAUAUCAUUUGUUACACUGAUAGUUUAUUGAUUUUAAUAUUGCUUUUAUUAUCUUGUGUGCAUAAGACAUCCUGGUGCAUUAACUAAUCAUCUGCUCAUUUAAUUUGGGGUUAUAUUCUCAAAUUUUUACAAAGAACUUUCUCAUUUGCUUUCUAGUUACUGCUAACCUAUUUUAGGGUUCCUUCCAAACGGUAGGUGAGAGAUAGGACUUUCCUCUGAUUUAAAUGCUGUUUUUCUUUUCUUUUUUUUUUUUUUGUGCUGUGGACAGGUAAAAAUUCUUUAUGGGACAAAGGAAUUUUCAAGUACACAUAAUUUUUAUUGUUCUUGACAGUACUCCUGGUCAGUCUCGGACACUCAAGUGCAGUAAGGAGAUAUUGAAUAUGCAUCAUGCUCCACAGCUUGACCCUCCCACAGGCACAGCAACAAGUGAAAUAGAUAUGUGGAUUUUGGCAACCUUGGCUUUCUGAUGCUAGGGCAUCGAUCUGGCCUGGGAGAAGAAAAGCUCCAGAAGCUAUACUUUAUUCCAGAGCCCCAGCACACAGUGUCUCACAGGCAAGGCUGCUCUGUCAUUGACUAUUCUGUUUUAAAUGGUUUGAAGCCACAACUUUUGUGGGCUUUCAGGUGCGAAAUACUUAACAGAUGCUGCACACAGGGCUAAGAAGGGGGCCAGUAACAUUUAGGUCUUUUAAAAUGCAUUCUCUAACAGGUUCUUUAAACAUUUAAAUCUUUCCUUCCUGUUUCUAGCAAUGUACUAAACACCAACAGCUAUCUCAUCUUUAAAAAUUCUGCAAAUACAGAAUUUAAAUUAUUUCUUUUUGAAAAAAGGAACCAGCUAACAGUUUGCUGGUAGACUAAAAUGAUCUCCAUAAUGUGAUCACCUGGGGAAGUCUUAGAGCGCUGUUGUUAUGAAGAGGGCGGAUGGGUUCUUUGAUGGGAUUUUCCAGUCUUGUCCAAGCCAGCUCUGAGGCACCUUGUCUUCAGAGGCCUCUUCUCCUGCUCUGGCUAUGCUGGUUCUUUCCUGGCCUCCAGCUGGCACCACAGUGGUGACCAGAAUGCCCUGCUGGUCCAGGGCCUCUGGAAUUCCUGCCGGCCACGUCUAGAGAAGGACAAUCCUCCUUUUCUUCUUAGUUUAGUUUAGACAAGGUUGGAAUUUUUUAAACAGUGACUUUACUAAGUAACCAAGGGCAAAACAAAACAAAACCUCACACUGGAAAAUCACCGAAGCAAAGAAAUGAACAGACUUACAAAGCAGAGAUUCAGAGUUCUUACUCUUCUCUGACUUUGGUAUAGUUCUGUAUUGAAAUUCUAAGAUUCUUGCAGGGAAAAUAAUGUAUAUAUAAAACUGAGCAAAUCAAAGAAGCACUUAUGGGUAAGCAACCUGGAUACCUGCACACCCAGCACAUUUUGAGGGUUCAUGAAUUCUGUGUCCUUGUCCAGCGUUUCUUUCUCCCCUCUUCACUCUCAUUCCUCACUUCUUCCUACCACUUUCUUUUACACAGACGACUCUUCUCCAUGAUUGGAGUCCAUGAGAUCCAUGGGUAGACAAGUGGUAAUAGAUGGUCUAGGUAUAUUUGUCAUUUCUUAGGGACAUAUUACAUUACAUAUUAGCAUAACUGUAGCCAUUGGACACUUAAUUUUCUUCACUAGAUAGAAUUUUUUUUUUUUUGAGAUGGAGUCUUGCUCUGUCGUCCAGACUGGAGUGGAGUGGUGCGAUCUCGGCUCACUGCAACCUCUGCCUGCUGGGUUCAAGCGAUGCUCCUGCCUCAGCCUCCUGAGUAGCUGGCAUUACAGAUAAAUUAUUAGUCAUAACUGUAGCAACAAAAGAAAGUGAUGGAUUCCAUCGAUUUAUGCAGUCAGCCAAAUAUUUCAAUUAUACUGUGAAGAAAGAAGGAUCUGUCAGCCAAGUCUUUUCUACAAAUAAGAGGAGAACAAGGAGAUACCUAGGUCCUUGGUCAAGGAGAAGAAUGGAGAGGUGGUGAUGGAAUUAAUAGUAUUGGAGGGGGCCAGAAAGUGAGAUUAAUGAAAGAAGUCAUGGAACACUACGCUGAUCAAGAUGAUCUGGUUGUCAUGUUUACUGAAUGCUUUGAUGUCAUAUUUGCUGGUGGUCCAGAAGAAGUUCUAAAAAAAUUCCAAAAGGCAAACCACAAAGUGGUCUUUGCAGCAGAUGGAAUUUUGUGGCCAGAUAAAAGACUAGCAGACAAGUAUCCUGUUGUGCACAUUGGGAAACGCUAUCUGAAUUCAGGAGGAUUUAUUGGCUAUGCUCCAUAUGUCAACCGUAUAGUUCAACAAUGGAAUCUCCAGGAUAAUGAUGAUGAUCAGCUCUUUUACACUAAAAUUUACAUUGAUCCACUGAAAAGAGAAGCUAUUAACAUCACAUUGGAUCACAAAUGCAAAAUUUUCCAGACCUUAAAUGGAGCUGUAGAUGAAGUUGUUUUAAAAUUUGAAAAUGGCAAAGCCAGAGCUAAGAAUACAUUUUAUGAAACAUUACCAGUGGCAAUUAAUGGAAAUGGACCCACCAAGAUUCUCCUGAAUUAUUUUGGAAACUAUGUACCCAAUUCAUGGACACAGGAUAAUGGCUGCACUCUUUGUGAAUUCGAUACAGUCGACUUGUCUGCAGUAGAUGUCCAUCCAAACGUAUCAAUAGGUGUUUUUAUUGAGCAACCAACCCCUUUUCUACCUCGGUUUCUGGACAUAUUGUUGACACUGGAUUACCCAAAAGAAGCACUUAAACUUUUUAUUCAUAACAAAGAAGUUUAUCAUGAAAAGGACAUCAAGAUAUUUUUUGAUAAAGCUAAGCAUGAAAUCAAAACUAUAAAAAUAGUAGGACCAGAAGAAAAUCUAAGUCAAGCGGAAGCCAGAAACAUGGGAAUGGACUUUUGCCGUCAGGAUGAAAAGUGUGAUUAUUACUUUAGUGUGGAUGCAGAUGUUGUUUUGACAAAUCCAAGGACUUUAAAAAUUUUGAUUGAACAAAACAGAAAGAUCAUUGCUCCUCUUGUAACUCGUCAUGGAAAGCUGUGGUCCAAUUUCUGGGGAGCAUUGAGUCCUGAUGGAUACUAUGCACGAUCUGAAGAUUAUGUGGAUAUUGUUCAAGGGAAUAGAGUAGGAGUAUGGAAUGUCCCAUAUAUGGCUAAUGUGUACUUAAUUAAAGGAAAGACACUCCGAUCAGAGAUGAAUGAAAGGAACUAUUUUGUUCGUGAUAAACUGGAUCCUGAUAUGGCUCUUUGCCGAAAUGCUAGAGAAAUGACUUUACAAAGGGAAAAAGACUCCCCUACUCCGGAAACAUUCCAAAUGCUCAGCCCCCCAAAGGGUGUAUUUAUGUACAUUUCUAAUAGACAUGAAUUUGGAAGGCUAUUAUCCACUGCUAAUUACAAUACUUCCCAUUAUAACAAUGACCUCUGGCAGAUUUUUGAAAAUCCUGUGGACUGGAAGGAAAAGUAUAUAAACCGUGAUUAUUCAAAGAUUUUCACUGAAAAUAUAGUUGAACAGCCCUGUCCAGAUGUCUUUUGGUUCCCCAUAUUUUCUGAAAAAGCCUGUGAUGAAUUGGUAGAAGAAAUGGAACAUUACGGCAAAUGGUCUGGGGGAAAACAUCAUGAUAGCCGUAUAUCUGGUGGUUAUGAAAAUGUCCCAACUGAUGAUAUCCACAUGAAGCAAGUUGAUCUGGAGAACGUAUGGCUUCAUUUUAUCCGGGAGUUCAUUGCACCAGUUACACUGAAGGUCUUUGCAGGCUAUUAUACAAAGGGAUUUGCACUACUGAAUUUUGUAGUAAAAUACUCCCCUGAACGACAGCGUUCUCUUCGUCCUCAUCAUGAUGCUUCUACAUUUACCAUAAACAUUGCACUUAAUAACGUGGGAGAAGACUUUCAGGGAGGUGGUUGCAAAUUUCUAAGGUACAAUUGCUCUAUUGAGUCACCACGAAAAGGCUGGAGCUUCAUGCAUCCUGGGAGACUCACACAUUUGCAUGAAGGACUUCCUGUUAAAAAUGGAACAAGAUACAUUGCAGUGUCAUUUAUAGAUCCCUAAGUUAUUUACUUUUCAUUGAAUUGAAAUUUAUUUUGGAUGAAUGACUGGCAUGAACACGUCUUUGAAGUUGUGGCUGAGAAGAUGAGAGGAAUAUUUAAAUAACAUCAACAGAACAACUUCACUUUGGGCCAAACAUUUGAAAAACUUUUUAUAAAAAAUUGUUUGAUAUUUCUUAAUGUCUGCUCUGAGCCUUAAAACACAGAUUGAAGAAGAAAAGAAAGAAAAAACUUAAAUAUUUAUUUCUAUGCUUUGUUGCCUCUGAGAAUAAUGACAAUUUAUGAAUUUGUGUUUCAAAUUGAUAAAAUAUUUAGGUACAAAUAACAAGACUAAUAAUAUUUUCUUAUUUAAAAAAAGCAUGGGAAGAUUUUUAUUUAUCAAAAUAUAGAGGAAAUGUAGACAAAAUGGAUAUAAAUGAAAAUUACCAUGUUUUAAAACCUUGAAAAUCAGAUUCUAACUGGAUUUGUACGCAACUAAGUAUUUUUCUGAACACCUAUGCAGGUCUUAUUUACAGUAGUUACUAAGGGAACACACAAAGAAUUACACAAUGUUUUCCUCAAGAAAAUGGUACAAAACACAACCGAGGAGCGUAUACAGUUGAAAACAUUUUUGUUUUGAUUGUAAGGCAGAUUAUUUUAUAUUUGUAUUAAAAAUCAAACCCUAUGUUUCUUUCAGAUGAAUCUUCCAAAGUGGAUUAUAUUAAGCAGGUAUUAGAUUUAGGAAAACCUUUCCAUUUCUUAAAGUAUUAUCAAGUGUCAAGAUCAGCAAGUGUCCUUAAGUCAAACAGGUUUUUUUGUUGUUGUUUUUGCUUUGUUUCCUUUUUUAGAAAGUUCUAGAAAAUAGGAAAACGAAAAAUUUCAUUGAGAUGAGUAGUGCAUUUAAUUAUUUUUUAAAAAACUUUUUAAGUACUUGAAUUUUAUAUCAGGAAAACAAAGUUGUUGAGCCUUGCUUCUUCCGUUUUGCCCUUUGUCUCGCUCCUUAUUCUUUUUUUGGGGGGAGGGUUAUUUGCUUUUUUAUCUUCCUGGCAUAAUUUCCAUUUUAUUCUUCUGAGUGUGUAUGUUAACUUCCCUCUAUCCCGCUUAUAAAAAAAUUCUCCAACAAAAAUAUUUGUUGACUUGAUGUUUUAUCACUUCUCUAAGUAAGGUUGAAAUAUCCUUAUUGUAGCUACUGUUUUUAAUGUAAAGGUUAAACUUGAAAAGAAAUUCUUAAUCACGGUGCCAAAAUUCAUUUUCUAACACCAUGUGUUAGAAAAUUAUAAAAAAUAAAAUAAUUUUAGAAA